AUGGCUGAAACAAAGGAAGUCUCCUCACAAUUAAAUGACAAGCGUUUCAUGCACCGAGGCGAAGAGGACCACGUCGACGCCACGUCAUUUGACGUGAGUUAUGUGACGAUCUUGCAUGAACUUCAGAAGACCUUUCAAUGGAAACGGGUCUAUGGAAAUCGCAAAGCACUUUACAAAGAGGAGAAGGCUGAAAAGUUCCUUGAUACCGAAACGGAUGAAGAGAAGCAGUUGAAUGCGUUAUACAACAACGAAUCGCACAUCGAUUCCCUCAAAACACCAGAACAAAUCGCAAAGCGCAGGAAGCUCCUCGAGAAGCGACGAGAACAAAAUCGUCCAAAAAUCGACGUGAAAGAAAAGAGAGCCUUCCCCGACGCUAUUCGCAUCGAUGAGCCAACAAAGCUCGAGCGACUCAAAGCGGCUCAAAAGCACAAGGACCACAUUCUCGACCUCUGA